UUUAACUGCCGCAAACAUCACUUCCGUGGUUCUUGCUGAUGUCAUCAACAUGCGCCGCUGUUUUGCUUCCAGUUCCAUGUGUAUGAACAUUUCGCGACUUAAACGUGGUCAAUGGAAGUCACCUAAAUAACUUUAAAAUAAAAUUGUAUUAACCGCUGUCAAACAAAGCCAGGCCAGAACAUUUGAGAGCAACAAAAUCUGCGGUUUGGAGCGAGUGUGGACUCGUUUUACCGUGUUUUGGAAAGCAUGUUUAAUGAGGAUGAGGGCUGGAAUGAUGCCGCAGACAUCCUGUGUGUAAAGUCUCUGCCAAAGAAGCCAAAGACCAGCGCCAAUUCCAAAAGUGUUGGAAAGAAGAGUCUCCUGCGGACACUGCAGACGCUGGGAUCGGUACCAGAGUGGAUGGGCGAUGACGGUGGCCAUCUGCCUGACAGCGACAGCGACAGCGACAGAGAGACCGAAGCCACCACGCCUCAUGCAAAGACAAAGAAAAAAAGAAGGAAAAGGACAAAACAAGCCACAACAAAAGGAGAGCAGAAAGCUGACGUGGAUGUCAAGGAGGAGAAAAUUGUAAUCAAAAAGAAAACUGUGGUCCCUAAGGGUUUAACCACACCUGCAGGCCAGGGGAAGGGCAGAGAGACGAACACAUUGGAAAAACAAGCAGGGGAAGCGCAGAAACUAAGCAGGCAGCAGUGGAAAAACAAAAUGAAGAACAAGAAGAAUUGUAAAAACAAAUACCGACCCAAUAAGCCUGAAGAGGAAGUAAAGGCAGCAAAUAAACCGCCGCUAACGACAGGCUUAUGCAUCAGCAACGACAAAAAGUAUAACCAGACUGAACUGCAGGAUGAGAAAAAGUCCAAAAAGCCCCAGAAGAGGAAAAACCCUGACAAGGACAUAGAGACAUUACAGAGAAAAACUGCCAAAAAAGAGGCAAUGAUCAACAACAAUGAAAAAAAUGUCAGCGGAUCUAAAAAGGAAGCAGACAAGUCCAAGAUUGUGCAAAAACCCGAAAUGUGCAAAGCAGAGAGGCUGAAACGUGAGCAUCUUCGGAAGCUUCUCCAGCACAGUGAAACAGAGCAAGAAGAAGAAAAAGCAGCAGAAGCGGCGGUGGCGUCGGAGGAGGCCAAACACAAACGCUCCGCCUCCUUCCGCUCCCGCAUGGAGCAGCGCUUGGAGUCGGCCCGCUUCCGCUACGUCAACGAGGUCCUGUACAGCAGCACCAGCGGCGAGGCCACGCGCAUGUUCCAGCAGGAUCCGGAGGCCUUCUGGGUCUACCACCGGGGCUACAUGGCGCAGGUGCAGAGGUGGCCCACCAACCCCGUGGACGCCAUCAUUGCGUAUAUUCGCCAAAAACCUUCCUCGCUAGUGGUGGCAGACUUUGGCUGCGGCGACUGUAAGAUAGGACGCAGCGUCAAGAACAAAGUGCACAGCUUCGACUUGGCGGCGACCUGCGAUCUGGUCACCGUGUGCGACAUGGCCAACGUCCCGCUGGAAGACAGCUCGGUGGACAUCGUCGUCUUCUGCCUGUCGCUCAUGGGAACCAACCUGUCGGAUUUCCUCGUGGAAGCCAACCGUGUCUUGAAACAAGGGGGCGUGUUGAGCAUAGCCGAGGUGGCGAGCAGGUUCGACAACGUCAGGAGCUUCAUCAACGCUCUGGCCAAGCUGGGAUUCAAGAUGGUUUCCAAGGACACAGAGAACAGUCAUUUCUACUCGUUUGAAUUCACCAAGACGAGCAACGCUCCGGAGAAGUUCAAGAAACUCGGACUGCAGCUGAAGGCCUGCUUGUACAAGAAGAGAUGAAGCAGAUUUUUACCAUUUACACACAGUUUGCUGCUGUCAAUGUUUUUGUUUAGCAUGUUUGCUAAAUGAUUAUUUUUUUUAAGUCUGUAAAAUGUACACUAUCAUUAAAAGAUACACAUUUUAAAAAGAAUUUU